AUGAAGGACGACGUCACGAGAAACAACCGCACAUUCAGUGACGGCUGCGGAACCUUGUCAUUGAGCCUCUUCCAAAAAGUUUGGAACGCCUUCCAGCCGGACCGUAGAGCACUCAGGCCGACGGUGCUACAGAUCCGGUUCAGAGGUGCGAAGGGGGUACUAUCACUAGAUACGACAUUGCAAGGUGAUCAACUGCACGCCCGAAAGAGUAUGACCAAAUACGUCGCCAAAGAAGAGUGGAGGGAUUUGGAAAUCUGUGGAGCUGCCUACAAGCCUCUCAGAGUAUAUCUGAACCACCAGUUCAUCAAGAUCCUUGAGGAUUUACGUAUACCUGCGGAAAACUUCAUGGCGGUCCAGGAUGAAGCUGUCACAGAACUGAAACUCAUGACGGAGUAUCCUCUGAAUGCAGCCAGCCUUCUCGAAUACUCCCACUCGGGUGAUCUCGCGAGAGUCCCGUCACUGUUUCGGCGAAUGAAUGAAUUGGGUCUAUCAUUCCACGCGGACAGCUUCCUCACCGACAUCGUGGAAGUGGCAGCUAUGUCAAGCCUGAGAGAUAUCAAAUAUCGCGCGCGUAUUCCAAUCAAGAACGGCUACCUCCUUUAUGGCAUCAUGGACGAAUGGAACAUUCUGAAAGAGGGCGAGGUCUACAUUCCGCUACAAGAUUACGAUACGAACGACAAACUGAAGAGAACCAUACUCGUUGGCGAGCGAAUAGUCAUCACGAGAGCCCCUGCGCUACACCCAGGCGAUAUUCAGGUCGUCAAAGCAGUCGAUGUUCCAGAAGGUUCGCCCCUCAGAGCACUGCACAACUGCGUCGUAUUCUCACAGCAAGGUCCGCGGGAUCUACCAUCGAAGCUAAGUGGCGGUGAUCUUGAUGGAGACUUGUUCCACAUCAUUCACGACACUCGACUGAUUCCGAGAAUCGUUUAUCAACCCGCCGACUACCCAUCCACGCCGGCAAAGGAUUUGGGGCGGCCGGUAACUGCCGACGAUAUCGUUGACUUCUUUAUCGAAUACAUGAACAUGGAUCGAUUGGGACAGAUUUCGAACAAACACAAGAUUCGCGCUGAUAAGGCUCCUUUUGGCACUCUAGAUGCAGAGUGCCUGCUUCUUGCCAAGCUCGCAUCCGAUGCCGUCGACUUUGGAAAAUCUGGGAUUCCUGCCAAAAUGGCUCAGAUACCGCCAGGUUCUGAUCACAUCCGCCCUGACUUCAUGGCGCCAGGAUCGAACCUCAUCGUCAACGACUUGGGCGCUGCUGAACUCGAGGAGCUUGAGGGUGACGAGCUCGACGAAGUGAGUGUGCUAAAUGCUGAGAAACCAAGGAGUUCAUACUACACAAGCACAAAGGUCCUAGGAGUUCUGUAUCGGCGGAUCGACGAAAAAACGUUCUUCGAUAAGAUGAAGAACGCCUACCGAACAUCUCACCAUCGCCGGGGUGAUGAAACGCUGGUACAGAAGCUCAAGCGAUAUGUGAUCCGAGAGACCCGUGGAGUACAAUGGGAACACCAUUGGGAUUUCGCAGAACAACUCCGUGAAGCGUACGAAGAGAACAUGUUCGAAAUUAUGGACACACAUCGUCCGUCUCGAGGCUCACGUCUUACCGAGCUUGAGGUGUUUAGUGGUAACAUCCUUGGCAAGAAAGAUCGUGCACCCUCCCGCUACGUCCGCGAAGCCAACCUCGAGGUUCAAGAACGCUUCAACCGCGAUGUCAGCGACAUGAUCAAGAAUAUAGUAAUGGGUGAUGGAGACUGGGACGGCGAUGCGGAUUCGGAGGCGUUGCCGCGCUCCAUUGCGUGCUUCAUGGUCGCGCUGGAGACGGAUGGCUGGGAGAACUACCGCACGUUGAGGAGCUGGAAGUACGUUGCUGCUGCGGUGUGCUUGGAGCAGUUGUGGAAGUACAACAACGGGUAUUUGCGCCGACUUUGA